AUGUAAUAAUAAUAAUAAUAAACUCAUGAUAUCUCACCAUGGAAUGAAAAUAAUGAUGAUAUCAAAACUGUUACUGAAUAAUAAGUUGAUGAAUUCAAAACUAGUUAUGAGGAUUUUCAAUAACAACAGAAUUUAUACAAAAAGUAGAAAUCUAUUAAAGUAAAUACAACUAAUUGUAGAGGUGAAACAAGAUUAAUACGUAAAUUAAUAGUAAAAAAUAAUUGGAAAGAAGUUUUUAAUGAUGGUGAUGUUUGUUGGCUUGGAUUACCAUUUAAAUAUUAAAAUUUUGAAGAAUAUUUUACAUAAUACGUUAAUCGUUUUCCAGGAAUGGAUUUAUUAGCUCAUAAAACUUAAUCAUCAUUUUAUUUGAAUAAAUUUGCUUAAUAUUUUCCAGAUGAAUAUGAAUUCUUUCCUAAAACAUACAUUAUACCUGAUGAAAUUGAUAAAUUUUAAUAAGAAUAUAAAAGCACUCGUACUUACAUUGCUAAACCAGAUGCAGGAUCAUAAGGUGAUGGAAUCUAUUUAAUAAAAAAAUUAAAAGAUAUCAAAACUAAUGAAAGUAUGGUAAUAUAAUAAUAUAUCUCCAAACCUUUAUUGAUAGAUAAAAAGAAAUUUGAUUUAAGAUUGUAUGUUCUUAUUACAUCUCUUGAUCCCUACUUAUGUUAUAUUAAUAAAGAAGGUUUAGCUAGAUUUUGUACUGUAGAUUAUGAAUAACCUAAUGAUAAAAAUCUCAGAAAUCCUUUUAUGCAUUUAACAAACUAUUCACUUAACAAAAAAAGUACUAAUUUCUAAUUUUAUAAUGGUAAGAAUAUUUUAGAUAUAAAUGAGGGAACCAAAAGAACUUAUUCAUCAAUCUAAAAAAACUUAGAAAUCUUGGGAUAUAACAAUUAAGAUGUUGAAAAUUAAAUUGAUAGUUUGAUUGUUGCAUAUUUAAAGAGUCUUCUUCCAUUUCUUGCAUUCAAUUAAAAAUUAGUAUUUUAAAAAAGAGUAGCAGAAGUCAAAUGCUUUUAAGUAUUAGGAUUUGAUAUUUUACUUGAUGAAAAAGGUAAGCCAUGGUUAUUAGAAGUUAAUUCUAAUCCAAGUUUAUAAAUUGAGCAUGAAGUUUAUGCAACAAAUGGUAAAUCUGUAUUUGAAGAAUCCUACAUUGAUAGUUAUGUUAAAGAAUUAGUUAUGGGGGAUGCAAUAAAAUUAGCUAUGAUACCUAAAGAAGAUUAAGAAGAAUUACCUGGAUUUUAGAGUUAUAGAAAAUUAGAUGUGGAUGCAACUGAAACCAUAUUCUCUAAGAUGAUGUAACUUUAUGGUUUUUUGUCUGGAUAUAAAUUUCAAGAAUAUUUGACAUCUUCUAAAUUUUAGAAAUUGUCUAAUUUUCCAUAAAUGACAUCUUAAACAUUUCUAAAACAUGAUUAUGAUUUAUUAUUUAGGAAAAUCAUAUUAAAAUCAUGUAAUAAUAAUUAAAUGGAUUUCUUUCAAUUUAUUAAUGCACUUGAAUAAUUGGCUAAUAGAUUAAACUAAGAUUUAGAGGAAAUGCUUGAUAGAUUAAAUUAGAAUUUUUGA